GGAGACCAGAUAUAAUGAAUGCAUGGUCCGGGGAGACCAGAUAUAGUGAAUGCAGAGUGCGGGGAGAGCAGAUAUAGUGAAUGCAGGGUCAUGGGAGACCAGAUAUAGUGAAUGCAGGGUCCUGGGAGACCAGAUAUAGUGAAUGCAGGGUCCGGGGGAGAGCAGAUAUAGUGAAUGCAGGGUCCUGGGAGACCAGAUAUAGUGAAUGCAGGGUCCGGGGAGACCAGAUAUAGUGAAUGUAGGGUCCUGGGAGACCAGAUAUAGUGAAUGCAGGGUCCUGGAAAACCAAUAAUAUUCUGUAACACCAUUGUCAUGGAGGCAGUCCAUUCAUUGUGUAU